CCUAGAGAGAUGAAACUGUGUUUAAUAUUGCUGCUGGCUGCGAUUGUGCUGGUCACAGCAGGCAAAAAGAAGAGUGAGUCCCGGGCUGCUCUGGGCUACAAAGAGUGCCCUGAGCACAAAGAGAACUACAAGAAUGUGGCGAAGAAGAACAAGAAGAUGAAGUGGAUGAAGCCUAAAGCUCUGUCUGAUAUAUGUCCAGGAGAACAUGGGUGCCCUGCUCACGAGGUACUACCAAGUACUGGCUGCGGGUUUGGAGUAAGAGAGAUUGGUGCCGGAAACUGGAUCUCUACUCUGGUAUUGGACAGUGAAGGGGACAGUAAAUACGAGGAGGCGUAUAAGCGACUUGUCUUCUACCUGACUGGUGGUAACGAGGACGGAACCGAUAUGGGUCUGACCGUUCCUUUGAUAGUUCAGACUGGUUUAGAUGAGAACUUUGAACCAGUAGGAUCUUCAAUGGCAUUGUACCUGCCUGCGGAAUAUCAGAAAACCCAUCCUGCCCCAACUGGGGAGGAUGUCGAAAUCGAGGAGUGGGAUGAUAUUGUAGUGUACUAUAGAGCAUUCGGAUACUCAAAGGGAAAAGAGGUGCCGGAAGAGAUCUGGGAUAGGGAGUUCAUAAACCUGGGAGAGUCCCUCACUGACUCUGGUCUGGAAUACUACUGGUGGAAAGUGAUUACUGGCAGCUACAGCCACCAAAGUGAAGCAGAGCAGCGCCACGAAGUCAUGUAUAUUGCCAGGAGACACGACUACUACGACUACAACGGCGACGAUUUCAGUUUGGCGGAGGCCCAAGGCUAUGAAGAGUGCGAAGGGUUCCCCGAAACUGCGAAACCCAAGGCUACGGAGGGUAUCUGCGGCUCAGAUGCAGAAUGUCCAGAUGUUGAGGAAGUUGAGAAUGAGAAUUGCGGGUUCGGGGUCCGAAACAUUAAGGCAGGCAAUUGGGUGAGCACUGAAAUGGUGGAGGAAGACGGGGAGCAGAAAUGGGUGAACGCAUUCAUCCGUCUCUUCGCCUAUAUUUAUGGAGAAAACGAUGAAGAGGCUGAGAUCCCGAUGACGAUACCAGUAUUAACGAAGACUUACAUGAACAGAGACUUCGAGAACACUUACUCCAGCAUGCACUUCUACCUUCCUUCGGAGUACCAAGACAACCCCCCAACUCCAACUAACGAACUUGUGGAGAUUGAGGAGUGGAUUGACACGAAGACCUACUACAGAGCAAUCGGUGACUACGGUGCUGACGCAGAUGUGAUGGCUAUCUGGAAGAAGGAGUUCAAAGAUCUGGGUAAAGCUCUCAGUGAUGCUGGGGAGAACUUUUAUCCGUACAUGGCCGUUACCGCUACAUUCACCCGUCCUGGGUUCGGGGACCAGCGUCACGAGGCCAUAUUCGUGAGCCAAGAUGCAGAUGAGGAGUCUGAAUAGUAGGAAAUGUGGAAACAUUUUUUUGUUAAACAUAUUAUGCUAUAAUUUAUCAUUUUGCCUCUUGAUUCAUUAAUAAUUAAAAUAAUUAAUAAUUUGAUUCGAAACUUUUAGCAAGAAUAA